ACCCUAGACUCAGCUCCAUCAACUCCUUCUAGAACCACCGAUUCGAAGCCUCAAGCUCCAUCACCAUUGCCGCCAUCGGUGCUCAGGCUAUGGAGGCAAGCCGCGCAACGGAACCUGAGGAACCGCUGGGCACAAUUCGCAUCGUGCAGGGAUCGAUGGUCCUCUGUUUCUUCCGCCGGAAGAUCUCACGCAACCGCUCUCGUCAAUUCUCAUCUUUCUCAAAGGUACAUGCCUAAUACAGAGCUAGGUGUUUUGAGCGAUAUGCCUGACAUAAGAAAGAAAGCUUGUUUGAAACUAUUUAAGCGGCAGGAACUUCACAGGAGAAAAUUAUUGUUGUCUUAUAAGGACAUGGUGGGCGUUGUAAGUGACAUGAUCAAUGUUAUCAGAUCGAUGAGGUGUUUUUUCAAAGGAUCAAACAAUAGUCCAUUGUUACAGUUUUCUUGUAACUCUGAAGACCAGAGUGACUUUGGAGAUGGUGGUGGAAUUCCAGUAUUUGCGUUUUUUUCAAUCACUUCACAUGAGAAAUUCGCUGAGGAGCUGCUUCAGAUGUUUAGCUUGGAAUUAUGUUUGAAGCGGUUGCUUGUUCUUGAAUUUUUGUCCAUUGGUCGUGACACUUCACAAGUAAACCAGUUGUAUUGGUCAGCUCAGCUUUAUGCUGAUGAAUUCAAAGAUUUGAGAAACUGCAAUCUGUACUGUGAGGCGACUCAUGGGCCAGUUUCACCAAGAUUGAGGGAUGGGAAAUCUAACAUGGUUGCUUUAAGAUUUGACAACCAACCCAAUCCUGAGGUUUUACAGGUUUAUUUAACAACAUGGCUUGCAGAGGUGAAUAUAGACACUUUAAGAGUAAACGAGAUAUUUGCCGUUGCUGGGGAAGAAAUGCAUGCUAACAUAUGUUAAAGCCACUGUCAUCACGAGUGAAGUUAUCAUCAGUACUGAAUGGUGGGCAUGUUAGUAACAAUGAGGGUAGAGAUCACCAAACAGUCUUUCUGUGAUUACACUGUCAAGCUUGUCUAUCCGAAUAUAGGAGUAGUAACUGGUAAGAGGUGUUCCUCGCUUGGUGCUGUAGUAAAAAAUGAUGACCAAGUCAUGUAGACGAGUAGUUUUAGUCUCAUAACAGUAGCAAAUUGUGGACAGAGGGCAACCAGGAUCUUCCAUGUGCGGAUGAAAUAUGGUCAAAGGAUCACUUUGCAAGAAGGGUGUCUGCGUGUAUAUACAUAAUAAUAUAGACAAUUUGCAAAUACGUGGGAGGUACUAAACCAUUUUUUUCCGGUUUAAACAUUUAGAAGUCUAUACAAUUCUUUUAAAAGAAUCACUGUUUGAUCGACCAUCGGUGACUACUUUCAUUGUCAAAUUGGAAUGAGCCAUUAGACGACAAUCUGUGAGGUCCAAAAGCUGUUACUAAAGAAAUUGUUGUAAAUAAAACUGGCCAAAAAUUA